GUUUUGAAAAAAAAACAGCUUAAUAUGACCACAAACGGUUAACCCCUCUCUCUUCUCCCUCUCCACACAAACACACACUCUCUUCUAUAGUCUCCUGUUAUAAAACCACCCACUUCCCCCAAAAGAACCAAAGCUGCAGCAUUUACCUCCGCUUGGCUUCUUCCCCUGCCGGCCACCUUUCCGCCGUGCUCCCCACACGCAAGCGGCAACCGCCAUCCAUCCAGCCAGCCAGCCGCGGCGGCGAUGAACGGCUCCGGCAGGGGUACCGCCGGCGGGGAGCCCCGAUGGCCGCCGGAGCGCGACCCGCUGGAGUUCCUCUCCCGGUCCUGGAGCGCGUCCGCCGCCGACGUCUCCCGCGCGCUCGCCGCCGCAGCCUCGCCUCUCACGGCCGGCGCCAUCGCCGAGGACGCCGCCGGGGAGCUCGACGACGCCGGCGCCGGAGCCGCCGGCAGCUCCUUCUCCUUCGCCUCCGCCGCCACCUCGCACCUCAUCAUGGACCGGAUCAUGUCGCACUCGCAAGAGGCGUCGCCGCUGACCUCCGGCCGCCUCUCCCACAGCAGCGGCCCGCUCAUCGGCGGCGGCUCGCUCUCUGACAGCCCGCCGGUCUCGCCGGAAGUUGACGACAGCAGGUUUUACAGAGCAGUGAGCACGCCGAAGGCUCUGCCGCCGGCGCGUGGGGGCAGCAAGACGGUGGGGCGGUGGCUCAAGGACCGGAAGGAGAGGAGGAAAGAGGAGACGCGGGCGCACAACGCGCAGGUCCACGCCGCCGUCUCGGUGGCCACCGUGGCCGCGGCCGUCGCCGCCAUGGCCGCGUCCGCGACGGGGACCGGACGCCGCAGGGACGACAUGGCGGUGGCGUCCGCGGCGACGCUGGUGGCGGCGCAGUGCGUGGAGGCGGCGGAGGCCAUGGGCGCCGAGCGCGACCACCUCGCCGCCGCCGUCGCGUCCGCCGUCAGCGCCCGGACCCCCGGCGACAUCGCCACCAUUACCGCCGCUGCCGCCACCGCACUGCGAGGGGCGGCGACGGUGAGGGCGCGGGUGGCGAAGGAGGCGUGGAACGUGGCAGCGGUGAUCCCGGUGGAGAAGGGCGCCAUGGGAGCUCACAGCCGCGGCCACAGCCAUAUCCAAAUGCAUGGAAGCCAGAGGCAGCAGCAUCACAAUGUGGGCAGCAGCAACAGCAGCAGCUUCAGCGACGACCUGCCGCCGUCGCUGGACCAGGACGUCGACGAGGAAACCAGCUUCCUCGGCAUCGGCUGCCAGGAGCUGCUCGCCCGCGGCACCGAGCUCCUCAAGCGCACCCGCAAAGGAUCGUUGCAUUGGAAGGUUGUCUCGGUGUACAUCAACAGGAGUGGCAUGGUGAUGCUGAAGAUGAAGAGCCGGCAUGUGGCAGGGACCAUCACCAAGAAGAAGAAGAGCGUGGUGGUGGACGUGUGCAGAGAUGUGGCGGCGUGGCCGGGCCGGCACCUGCUACAAGGCGGAGAGCACCGCCGCUACUUCGGCCUCCGGACAGCGGAGCACCGGGUGAUCGAGUUCGAGUGCGCGAGCCAGAGGGACCACGAGAUGUGGACCAAAGGAGUGGCUCGCCUCCUCGCCAUUGUCAACGGGCGCAAGCGCUUCGCUUGACGGUGGCACGCCUCAAAUGGCCGGACGCCGGUGACGAUCGAUCAUCCGGCGGGACAUCAUGGACAGCUAGCGGUGCAACCUUGUGAUCUGAGUGACCUGACUUAGUAAUGUGUUCUUGUAGUUGUUCCCUUUUCUUUGUUUUGAUCUCCUUGAAGUUUUUCUUUCUUACUCUUGUUUAAACUUGAUAAGGUGUGGCAAAUGGCAAUUAACACAAUUCACAAGUGCUUUGCUCCCAUGUUA